CAUUUUGCUUCCCCUCUCAUGCUACUAGACUCCCCUGCGAUGAUCCUGUGAACCUGAUUAGUGGAAGCUCCAGGACAGAGAAAAGGAAGGACGUCUUUACACAGUUAAACUACCGGAUUCACUUCCACCAGAUGUAGGACGGCUUUGAAAGGGAGCUUUAUGGAGGAGAAGGUCUGAUCCAGCAGAGCAUUUCUUAUGUUCUUAUGUAUUUGGCAGAAGGUGAAGGUGAUCUUUCAACCCCGGUGGAGGCUGCCUUGGGCUACAUAUUGCAGACAGAAAAGCAACAUUCAGCUGGUCCAGAGGGAAGGAAAGCCCCCCAGACCCCCCAGGUGGGGAGCAGCAGAAACAACUGGGAAAUGUCUGUGCAGAAGAUGUUGGGGGAAGACCCCUUCAGUUCAGACGUUCAGCAACAGCACUUCAGGCAAUUCCGCUACCAGGAGGCCACGGGACCCCGAGAGGUUUGCAGCCGACUCCACAAUCUCUGCCGACGAUGGCUGAAGCCACAGCGACACACAAAGAAUCAGAUCCUGGACCUGGUGAUCCUAGAACAGUUCCUGUCUGUCCUUCCCCCGGAGAUGGAGAGCUGGGUGAGGGAAUGUGGAGCGGAGACCAGUUGCCAGGCGGUGGCCCUGGCCGAAGGCUUCCUCCUGAGCCAGGCAGAAGGGAAGAGGCAGGAAAACAGCCAGGUGAGAGAGUUUCAUGCUGGUUUUGAGCAGUGGGAAGAAGGACUGCCUAAAAUAGCUUUUCUCAGCUUGAUGUCCACCAGAUUGUGUUGGAUGUUGGCAGUGUGGUUGCAACUGAGCUAGCUUCAAAA